AUGUCAAUGUCAAUUUGAGUCGUGUCAUCUUAGGCCGGCGUGUUAUCUUUAUCAAUUUCUAGAAUUUUUAAACCUUAUCUAGAUUUAUAUUCAUCAAUAUUUCAUAAUACUUGCCUAGUUUUCUAGAUUUUACAUUCGUUUUAAGCCGUCGGCAUGGUCAAUUUUAGGGUGCUUGCUAGAGGGAUGUCUACCAUCGCUAAAUCGUUUGCUGAGAACGCCGUGGUUCCCGAUGUUGUCCCAAUCGCCCCUGCCGCUCAACUUAAGGUGAAGUACCCCAGCGGUGCGGAGGUGAAAGAGGGUAAUGAACUAACACCGACCCAAGUGAAGGACCAGCCCACUGUGAAAUGGGAUGCUGAGCAGAAUACCUUCUAUACGGUGGCCAUGACCGACCCCGACGCGCCGUCGCGUAAGGAGCCGACAUUCCGCGAGUGGCACCACUGGCUGGUGGGCAACGUGCCCGGCUGCGACGUGUCCGCGGGCGAGGUGCUCUCCGCGUACGUGGGCGCCGGCCCGCCGCCCGACACCGGCCUACACAGAUACGUCUUCCUGGUCUACAAGCAGCCGGGGAAGCUGACCUUUGAUGAGCCUCGCCUGCCCAACACAUCGGACAAGGGCCGUGCUAAAUUCUCCAUCAACAAAUUCGCAACUAAAUACAAUCUCGGCAUCCCGGUCGCUGGCGACUUCUUCCAGGCGAAGUACGACGACUACGUGCCCUUGCUGUACAAGCAGCUCGGCAACUAGGCACGUCCGCUCUCCGCGAGCGCCGACCUAAGACUGAAACAAUUGCUUUCCAAACUGCAAUUGUAAUCGACAGAUGGCGUUGGAACUAAAAUUGUUAUAAAUACCCUUGAGUCACUGAUCUUUAUAAAUGGAUAGGAUAAAAUGUUUCGACUAUUUGAUAUUCGCCAUUUUAACGGUUUUGGGUAAUUAUUAACUGUUAAUGUCAACAGGUGAGUUAAAGUCGGGUUGAACUAAACUAUGUUUCUAAAAGACCUAUCUUUUUAUACAGAUCAGUGUUUUAAAUCCAUUAAAGAAAAAAUGACACUUGAGAUUCUCCCUUCCGCUUACACCUAAUGUUGCGUAGCUAUUUCUUAUUUUGGGAUGAGUUACAUCUCUUUUAAUUAAAGAGAUUUCUUUUUUCCUUGAUUGAUUUCCGGGGAUUUCAAAAGUAUUUUUUUUUAAAUAGGGAAUAUGAAAUCAUAGAUUCAGUUUCCUUUUUUUUAGAUCGCCAUUUAGAAUAUUGCAUUUCAAUUGAUGUAAUCAGUUGGUUUUGGAUUUUCUUUGUGUUUUGCUUUAGAUUGUAAGAGAAGUUUAACCUUUCAAAUAUAACAUUAUAUCUGA